UUUCAUAUUCUUAAAGUCAAGAUGGUAGGUAGCUUAUUUUUUAAAUCUUGUACCAUCUACAUCUAAAGUGAAGUAAAAUGUUAUCAUAAAAUGUUAAAAUGAUUUUUAAAAUUGUCAGUUCGUAAUUUGAGUGAAUAUUUCAUAGGUGCUGUGAAAGUAUAAUUAACAUUUUCAUCUUCAAAAUACUCGGACUCACCUAAUAGUGUUAUUUUGUUUUUAACUUAUAUUUAAAGCAGUAAAAGUUUUUUACAUUCAAAUAUGGCUCGAGGACCUAAGAAGCAUCUAAAGCGUUUGAACGCACCUAAAGCAUGGAUGUUGGACAAAUUGGGUGGUGUAUUUGCCCCCCGUCCAUCGACUGGUCCUCACAAAUUGAGAGAAUCACUCCCAUUAGUAAUUUUCUUGAGGAACAGGUUGAAAUAUGCUCUAACUAACAGUGAAGUUACAAAAAUUGUUAUGCAAAGAUUGAUCAAAGUUGACGGAAAAGUAAGAACCGAUAGUAACUACCCAGCUGGAUUCAUGGAUGUUAUCACCAUUGAAAAGACAGGUGAAUUCUUCCGCCUUAUCUAUGAUGUUAAAGGUAGAUUUGCUAUUCACCGUAUUACUGCUGAAGAAGCUAAAUACAAGCUGUGUAAAGUGAAGAGAGUUCAAACGGGACCUAAAAGAAUUCCAUUCUUAGUAACGCAUGAUGGACGUACUAUCAGAUACCCAGAUCCUAACAUUAAAGUAAACGAUACUAUCCAAUUGGAAAUAUCCACUUCCAAAAUUCUUGACUACAUAAAGUUUGAAUCUGGUAACUUGUGUAUGAUCACUGGAGGUAGAAAUUUGGGUCGUGUUGGAACAGUUAUCAAUAGGGAGCGUCAUCCAGGUUCCUUUGAUAUUGUACAUGUUAAGGAUGCUAAUGGUCAUGUCUUUGCAACUAGGUUAAAUAAUGUUUUCAUAAUUGGUAAAGGAGCUAAGGCAUUCGUUUCCCUACCAAGAGGCAAGGGAGUCAAAUUAUCCAUAGCAGAAGAAAGAGACAAGAGGUUAGCUGCUAAAACACAUUAAAAUGUAAUGUUUUACUACAUUAUUUUCAAUAAAAUUUAAAAAAACUGA